AUGCGAGCUGCUAUCUGGGUAUUCACCCUCGCGGCCAUCGUGGUCGCUGAAAUAGCAGACGAACCCUGGGUGGAGGAAGAGGAUUUAGGAGAUCAGAAUGAUUACGAUGACCACGACAGGUCUAAACGGGAAACCUACGUCGAGGGACCCUUCGAAGAACACAUAAGAAUAAAAAGACGAUGCGAGGAACAAGCACCAGAAAAAGAGAGGAAAAAACGCUCAGCUGAGUACGUCAGGAGACCACGACAAGUUCACCAGUAUGAGGUCCAUGAAGCUACUAAUGAAGCUGCUAUACCUUCACCGCCUUUUGAGGAAAUGUUAGCAGCCAGUGCCGAACACUAUCAUAAGGUGUAUUUGCCCGCACCUAAAGGUCGCAGCCUGAAUCCCGAAUUGAAAGCUGGUCGACUUACAUUCGGUACUCCCGUGGCAUUAGAUCCCAUACAACUAGUAGACCCACCAGCUCUUCAAUCUUCAUACGUAGCUAAUGUCGCUAAUACCAAUGAACCGUUAGCAGCGGAUUCUUUUCCGGCAGCUGGAAAUCAUCAUCAACAGAAGGCUCCACACACUGUCAUAUAUUCCCAAGGAGGUGGACAUCAAAAUCAAGGCCAUCACUACAACGCCGGCGGUGGGAAGAAUUAUAAAGGGUCUCACAGUGAUCAUUACGUAGACAAAGGUCAAAAAGGUCAUAAGAAAGACGAAAAUCAUCGAAAAGAAUAUGAAGAAGCUGCGGGAAAAAAGAAAAAACAUCACGACCGAGCUAACCACAAGGGCAGCCACGAGGAAGAAGCAUUUGGACAGAGAGGAGCUCACUUCGGAGAAAAGAAAGCACACAAAAAAGGACACAAAACAAAGGGAUAUCACAAUAAAUACCACAAGGAUGAAUUCCAUAAAGAGCACAAAUUCUACGACGACUAUCACAAAGGAGGCGAGCAUCAUCGCUUCGGAAAAUUCAACGCAAAACACGCCAGUAACGAGAGUGGUAAGAAAAAGGCCUCACACGUGAACGCUGGACAUGACUUUGUUCAGCAUGGAAAGAAAGGCUACAGUAACAAAGGUCAUCUGGAUGCCGAUCACAAUGGACAUAAAGCACAAAAGGGUCAUGAAGAGCAUCACCAGGAACACUCACAACAUGGAAAGAAAGGAGGGAAACAGGGCAGCUCUCAGUGGGGAUACGCCAAAAAGAACUAG